AUGUUUGAUAGCUCUGCACAUGCGAGAAAGAAGAAAGGGAAUGAUGCAGAGAGAGAAGAGAGAGAGUUUGGUUAUCUUGGGAAAAGAGGAACUAGGACAGAGAUUGAGGAUGAUGUCGGAUUUCAGAUAGAAGGGAAAAAAAAGAAAGGAGGACCCAAAGAUCUGUUACUUUGUUUAGGACUAUGA